GCCCUCAGAGUACCAGCCUUUAUAUGGAGUCCAUUACUACGACAGAGUGGUUACGUAUCCGAUGCCCUAAUAGAUGUCACCGAUAUAAUGCCUACUCUAUUGGAUGCUAUAGGCGUUCCCAUUGAACCAAUAGACAACAUUUACGGCACAUCUCAGUGGCUAGUGUUGGCUAAUAACACGACACCUGUACGUCGGCACCUCAUACACAACAUCGAUCCCAUUUAUAACAUGUCGGCCAUCAGAUGGCAUGACUGGAAACUAGUUCAUAGUUCGUUGCCAUUGGUGUUCCUGGCACUUUUUAGGGAAUCGAGUCACGAAUCUCGAUUGAGUGGUUCUAAUUGUUAUGAUUAG